AAAAAAAGAGGUGUGAAAUUGUAUCAUGUGUCAUUAGGCCAAAGUGAGACUACUCCUUUAAUUAGGAGAAGAAAUUAAGUCCUCUUGAAGGCCUUAUCGUUCAUUUGCCUUUUCUUUUUGACUAAUUAUUGUUCCUUUGCUUGUCACUAUGAUGACAAUGAUAAUAACAACAAUAUUUGCACACAUCACCUAAAAAAUAUUUUCAUAUUGUACUUGAAUUACUUGCACAUAUUUUUUUUUAAUCAUAAACAUAACCAUAGUUGUUGAAUAUUUUCAACACAAACUUUGAUAACAUUCUCUUUUACACUUUUUUAGUUUUUAUUUUUGAAUUUUUUUUCGAGCAAUUUAUGAUGCGAAUGUGUAUCUUAAAAAAAUAGAUCAAUUAUAAUUUUGUCAAUUGUUGUUGACGCAAAUGAUUGAACUUUCUACUUAUAACGAUUGUCACUUGAGUUUAAAUUCGAAAUUCUACUAUAGAUAGUAAUAAGCAAAUUCACAAUAAAAUUAAUGGGUCUUCUAUUCGUGACGAUACACGGAAGCAUGCAUCUCAUAAUCUAAAUUAUACUAUUAACAAAACAAAAUGUAUUUAUUAUUAAUAUUAUUAUUAUUACUUCAAUUCUAUUAAAAAAAAUUAACAAGGAAAAGAACAUAAAUAAAAAGCAAAAGAUCCAUAUAAGUUGGGAGUGCCGUAACAUGAGCUACGCAAGCUCUACUUCGCUCAAAUACACUACUGACUCGGGUCUUUGCUAAUUGUUGUCCACAUCUAUUUAUUGACAUUAAUCACAUAAACUGUGUCAUAUAAAUACAACCCUAAAACAAAGGGGGGAAAAAAAAACAGAAAUUAAAGGGUUAGCUUAUAUGAUUUGGUGUUGAAUUUGAUAGGGAAAAAAUGACUUUUUCAAAAGCUUCUUGCAGUAGUAUUCUUAGGCUCUACCUCAUUAUAGUGUCUUGUAUUGCAUUUCAAUGUAAUGCUGAUCAUAAUCACACUUCAACUCUAGUUAUAGAUGCUUCUGAUGGAUCUGGAAGGCCAAUUCCUAACACCCUUUUUGGAAUAUUUUUUGAGGAGAUCAAUCAUGCUGGUACUGGGGGAUUGUGGGCAGAACUUGUGAAUAACAGAGGCUUUGAAGCUGGGGGUACAAAAGUUCCAUCAAAUAUUGACCCUUGGACCAUAGUUGGAACAGAAUCAUCUAUUGUAGUACAAACUGAGCUUAAUUCUUGCUUUGAACGCAAUAAGGUUGCUUUGAGAAUUGAUGUGCUAUGUGACUAUUGUUCUUCUGAUGGUGUUGGAAUCUCUAACCCAGGUUUUUGGGGAAUGAACAUUGUGGAAGGGAGGAAAUACAAGGUAGUGUUGUUUGUUCGUUCAAUAGGACCAUUAAAUAUGAAAGUAUCAUUCAGAAAAGCAGCAGGUGGACAGAUAUUGGCUUCUAGUAAUAUCAAAGGUUCUGCAUUAGAGGUUUCAAAGUGGAAAAGGAUGGAGACUACAUUAGUAGCCCAUGCAUCAAGUUCUAAUUCAGUUCUUACCUUAACAACAACUCAAAAAGGGAAGAUAUGGUUGGACCAAAUAUCUGCUAUGCCUCUUGACACAUUUAAGGGACAUGGUUUCCGAAGUGACUUGGUUGACAUGAUAGUACAGUUGAAACCAGCCUUUCUCAGAUUUCCAGGUGGUUGCUUUAUUGAAGGACACAGAUUAAAAAAUGCAUUUAGGUGGAAAGAUAGUGUUGGACCCUGGGAACAAAGACCUGGACACUUUGGUGAUGUUUGGAAUUACUGGACAGAUAAUGGAUUUGGUUAUUUUGAGGGUCUUCAACUAGCAGAGGACAUUGGUGCAAGGCCAGUGUGGGUCUUCAACAACGGCAUAAGCCAUACUGAUGAAGUUGAUACAAGGGUCAUCGCACCUUUUGUGCAAGAAGCACUUGAUGGGAUUGAGUUUGCUAGAGGUACAUCUACUUCAAAAUGGGGUUCCCUUAGAGCAUCUAUGGGACACCCACAACCUUUUGACCUAAAAUAUGUUGGUGUUGGAAAUGAAGAUUGUGAGAAGCUAAAUUACCAUGGAAAUUACCUAGCCUUCUACUAUGCAAUACGACAAGCUUAUCCAGAUAUUCAAAUUAUUUCAAAUUGUGAUGCUUCUGUCAGGCCGUUAGCUCACCCAGCUGAUUUGUAUGAUUAUCAUACUUAUCCUAAUGACGCUCGACAUAUGUUUAGUAACGCUCAUGUUUUUGAUAAGACACCACGCCAUGGACCAAAGGCUUUUGUGAGUGAGUAUGCUUUAGUUGGAGACAACCAAGCUAGGCAUGGAACCCUUUUGGGAGCUGUCUCUGAAGCUGGAUUCCUUAUUGGAUUAGAAACAAACAGUGAUCAUGUUGUAAUGGCUAGCUAUGCUCCACUUUUUGUAAAUGCAAAUGACAGAAAGUGGAACCCAGAUGCAAUUGUUUUUAACUCCAAUGGAGCUUAUGGAACUCCUAGCUAUUGGGUGCAAUACAUGUUCAGAGAGUCAAAUGGAGCAACAUUUCUCAACUCACAACUUCAAACAACUGAUCCUAACUCAGUGGUUGCAUCUGCAAUUCUUCUGCAAAAUCCUCAAAAUAAAAAAACUUACUUAAAAAUAAAGAUUGCAAACAUAGGAAACAACCAAGUGAAUCUCAAGAUUUCUAUUAAGGGAUUUGGGAGCUCAAAUCCAUCUGAAUCAACAAAGACUAUUCUCACAUCUGAACAUGCAUUGGAUGAGAAUAGCUUCUCAAACCCAAAAAAGAUAACACCACAACAAAGUCAACUUCAGAGUUCUGGCAAUGAGAUGAAUGUCAUAAUCCCUCCAAUUUCAUUAACAGUACUUGAUAUGUUUAGAUAAUAGUAUGAUACAUAGGAUUCAUAAAUUGUACUUAAAUGUUAGAGAAAUUAUACCCUUUGUAAUGAAAAUAAAUAGAGAAUGAGGGUUG